AUGAAGUUUGCACGGGAGCCCGUAUCAUUUGACGAUGACGAUUUAGAGGGGACGAUUCAGCCACAUGAUGACGCAUUAGUGGUCACGGCUCGGAUAAACGGCUUCUUAGUAAAAAGGGUGAUGAUAGACCAAGGAAGUGGGGUCGACGUGAUGUACCCCGAUCUAUUCAAGGGACUCGGUCUAAAGAAGGAGGACCUUGUAAAGCACACUUCACCCUUGGUUGGGUUUGAUGGCAAAGUAGUGAUUCCUGAGGGGCAAAUCUCUCUCCCCGUGAUUAUGGGAGGGAAAGAGGUAUCUGUAACAUUCACAAUAGUAAGUUCAUUUUCCCCAUAUACUGCCAUCCUGGGAAAACCAUGGAUCCAUUCAAUGAGGGCCGUCCCAUCAACGCUGCAUGUAAAGAUUAAAUUCCCAACCGAGCAGGGUGUCAUUGUAAUAAAAGGAAACCAGCAAGUGGCCAGACAGUGCCUUACUAUCGUAGUAAACUGGAAGCGGGGGAAUCAGGUCAGUCAGGGAGAAAUCACCGGACAACUGGUUGGAGACGAGGAGACUGGGCGGCCCGAACAGGGGCAUGUUGAACAGGAAGAUGUGUCCCGGAAAAACCCAUAA